CUGCUGCGUUUCUGCUCCUUUGAACAUUAGGGAUAUUUUAUCUGCUUCUUUUUGCCCUCCUGCUGGAUUUUCUCCACCUACUGACUCUACUAUCUUUGGGUUUCUUUCAGUUUGCGUUCUUAAACAUGGAUGAGUUUGUUCGUGGCAAACUAAAUGAGUGGGGUCUGAGUGAAUGCAUAAAAAGUUUUCAAGAAGAAGCCAUUGAUGAGGAAAUGUUUAAAAGUCUCGAGAAGCCAGACAUUGAUCAACUGAUUCCAAAAGUGAAAUCCAGGAUUAUAUUCAGGAGGAAGUUCAAAGAGUUCAAGUGUCAACUGGAGCAAGAAGAAGCAACUGGUUUGACUGAGGUACAGCCAUCCACCAGUGAUGCAGGAAAAAGAAAACGGGAUCUUCAUGGAGAGUCAAGCAAGCAGCAAACACCAGCUAAACGGAAUUGCAGGGCUGAAUUAAAGGAUGCAAAAAUACGGCAUCGUGUGAAAGAGAUAAUGGAUGGUGUACUUGCUCAACUGGACAAACAGAACAAUACAGACCUCAAUCAAUUCCUGAAGAAAAACAUCAAGGAUCUGGAGAGAGACAAGAGAGAACUGGUUGGUGUCUUUGGCAAAACUGGAGCUGGAAAGAGUUCUUUGAUUAAUGCUGUCGUUGGUGAGAAGAAACUUUUGCCUUCUGGAAAAGUCAGUGCAUGCACCUCAGUCAUAACAAAAGUGGAGUCCAACAUGCAAAAUGAACACUACGAAGCAGAGAUCGAGUUUAUUGGAAAAGAGGCAUGGAAAGCUGAGGUCUGGUCAAUGUUGAAUUUUUUGGAGAACAAUCCUGAUGAAGAAAGAAGUCAUGAUGAAAAAGAUGAGGAUGAAGAUGACAACAAUGAUGAUAGUGAUGAUAAGAAUAAUAAUGAUGAUGAUGAUGAUGAUGAUGAACGUAAUGACAAUAUUGAAAAGUUGUCAGCACUGUAUGGAGAAGACUGGAGAGAGAAAUCCUUUGAAGAACUCAUGGACAGAAAAUACUUCAAAUACAUUCAUGAAUAUUGGGAAACUCCAAAGGUGAAGAUUUUAACAUUUAAAACAGUAAGUAACUUUCAAUUAAUUACACAAAGCAUAUUAUAA